GGCGAGUUCGUGUAACUGAGCAAACCGUCAUUCCCAGCCACAAUGCAGCACUACAGCCCAGCGUCCGUCUUAGUUUACCUCAUUUUGGUGUACAGUGUCGUUCGAGGUGCACCAAACGAUGGAAAAUAUAACCCCAGAAAGUAUAACAAAAAUGGAAAAUAUGUUCACAGAGGUGAAGGAGAUUACGUGGAGGAUCUGAGCCGGUACCGGUACGUGCAUUAUGACGAUGGCGAUCGGGGAAGGUAUUUCCACAUACACAUACCCUACGAUGGUGGCUACGGAAACUACGAAGGUGGACACGAACCUUACCGUUUCCCACCGUACGAUCCGGCGGGAGAGUAUGCCGAACAAAUCAACAAAUAUUCGUACGAUCCGUUUAGAGCAAAUUCGUAUGACAUAAAGAAACCUUCCAUCUACCUCGAGUACGGUGUUCCAUCUGUGUCGGAAACUAACACCGCAUCCAGUGUUGUAGAUGUGCGGAAGUCGUUGUUACCUGGACCAGGCACAGCCUACCUACCAGUACCAGAGUCCGGCGAACUGGACGUUCGCAAAUCGCUUCUUCCCGGUCUCGGAACGGGAUACCUUCCGGUUCUUACGCCGCAGGAGCAAAGUCUCGCGAUCGAACAGUCAGAAAAGCGUUCCAAGGUCCUUCCCCAUCCCAACAGCAUCGAUGGAGUCGAUCACCUUACGACGACGGCGAGCCAUGAUAACUCUGCGCGUGCCACAACGAGACAGUCUUCGAUCGAGUCGACAACCGUCACUAAUAUAGGCACCGAUCGAGCCGACAGACCGACCGACGAAUCGCUUCACAACCAUCCCUGCAUCGCCACCAGCGGCCCGCUCAAGCUCGUAGCCAAAACGUGACGUGUGAAUGAAAGCUUCGACGAGCUUUCCGGAUUAUCGCAUGCCGACGAAGACGUCGCGAUGAUCCACUUUGUUAGUUGAUAAGCAAACGAUCUGUAUUUUGAAAGUUGUUGCCCCACAUA